AUGGAUACAACGAGUCUUGCCAUAGCCGAAGAUGAGGAAACUAAAGCUGAGCCAGAAGAAGACACUUCAGAUGAGCCAACACCUGGACCAAGCAGCAGCCGCGAUCCUUCACCUGAAGAGAGUGAAAUCAAUGAAAGCGAAACGCCCUCUGUAAAACCCGCGAAAAGAUCAAGGAAUAAGGAUAGGGUUGCAACUUUGUCUAAGGAAGAGGUCUAUGAUGACCGAGAUGCGACACCCAGCGAGGU